CCCAAUAAAAAAAUAAAAAACUAAGGAUUUAUUAUUAUUAUUAUUAUUAUUCGAUCCGAAAGCUGUGGAAUCUUUAGGCGCGUGCGAGAGAUAUAGAGAGAGGGAGAGAGGAGGGUCACUCAGGGAGGGAAAGAGGAGAGGAGAUCUGAAAUAUUAGGGUUUUGAGAAUCAAGACCCAGGAGCGACCACCCACGACAGCGAGAGGAGAGAUAGAGAGCUAAGAUUUCCUUCUUCUGUUUCUUUUGAGUCUUCUAAGAGAGCUGUGAGAGAGAGCUAAGAUUAUCAGUUUCAAUUUUAGGGUUUCUCUUUCCUUCCUUUUCUUCACCAAACUGCAAGGGAUUCUGCUUUCGACUCGUUUCAAAUGAGCCAAAAGCUUGUGAUGUAGAUUCUGGGUAUUCCAUGGGAAAUUGAUACCGAGGGUCUGAGAGAAUACAUGAGCAAGUUUGGUGAAUUAGAGGAUUGUAUUGUUAUGAAGGAGCGGUCAUCAGGUCGAUCUCGUGGUUUUGGAUAUGUGACUUUUGUGUCUGCUGAAGAUGCUAAGGCUGUACUAUCAGGUGAACACUUUCUUGGUAAAAGAAUGCUGGAAAUUAAAGUGGCUACUCCAAAGGAGGAGAUGCGAGCACCAACAAAAAAGGCCACAAGGAUAUUUGUGGCCAGGAUUCCACCAUCUGUGACAGAAACUACUUUUCGAAGUCACUUUGAGAAAUAUGGGGAGAUAAUUGACCUAUACAUGCCAAAAGAUCAUAGCUCGAAAGCACAUCGGGGAAUUGGGUUCAUCACAUAUGCAAGUGCAGAUUCUGUGGACAGCUUGAUGGCUGAAACUCAUGAAUUGGGAGGCUCUACUGUAGUUGUAGAUCGAGCAACGCCUAAGGAAGAUGACUUUAGGCCUAUAGCAAGAACAGCACCUGGAGGAUAUGGUGCAUACAAUGCUUAUAUUUCUGCAGCUACUAGAUAUGCAGCUCUUGGUGCUCCCACCUUAUAUGAUCAUCCUGGACCAUUCUAUGGAAGAGGGGAAUCAUCUAGAGGAAUGGGCAAAAAGAUCUUUGUUGGAAGGCUUCCUCAGGAAGCAAGCACUGAAGAUUUGCGCCAGUAUUUUAGUAGAUUUGGCCACAUAAUAGACGCAUAUGUUCCUAAGGAUCCCAAGAGAAGCGGCCAUAGAGGUUUUGGAUUUGUAACCUUUGCUGAAGAUGGUGUAGCAGAUCGUGUAUCUCGAAGAUCUCAUGAGAUUUGUGGACAUCAGGUUGCAAUAGAUUCAGCCACACCUAUUGAUGAUGCUGGUCCAAGUGGAAAUUUCAUGAUGAGCGCUCCUGAACCUUUUGGGGGUUAUGGUGGUCCCAUGCGCAACUUUGGCAGGAUGUAUGGAAGCCUGGAUUAUGAUGAUGCGGGUGCAUACAUGGUUCCUUCUAAAUGGGGUUAUGGUAUGGGGAGUGCAAGGUCUUCAAGAGCAGAUUGGAGGUACAGGCCUUACUAAACAGAAUUGUGGCCCAGGAAAACUAGGAUUGCCCAUAGGCUAGUUGUGUAUCUUGUGGAUUGAAGUUUGUUCAAAUAAUAUUAUAGUUGUUUAAUGUUGACAUUUUCUCCUGCUACUGAGAAUCCGGAACUUUUGAAUCAAGUGCCGAACUGUUUUAUAUGUUGAUUCUGCUGGCAAGUACUUAAAUAGGAUGUAGCAAGGAAUCCACAAGAUGUGGGAUUUGUGCGCCGUGUAGUCAAGAAUGGGAAUUCUCCUUGUGACAA